AUGGAUGCAGAACGCAGUAAAGAGACAACAACAGAAUUAAAAUUUUGGAUUUUCAGGUUUAUCCGAAGCGAUGAUGAUCGAUGUGCUGUAUGUGUGGAGGGUUAUCGGAAGAAAGACAGCGGGGAGCGUGAGCUCGAAAAUUGGCGUAGCACGGCGAUCGCCGAACGUUACAACUCGUUAACACUGAUAACGGUGACCGGCUCGAAGUACAUUCUCAGCGGUGUCAUUGACCAGGAUUCUGCUUAUGCACUCGGAUAUCCGAAAACGCUGAUCGAACGAUUCCGGGAUGGUUUCCCUUAUGAAUGGUAUGAGUUGUUGCAGAAAUACCACAGCACUGUGAUCCUGCCGAACACUGUCUCGCAGCACCAGUAUUCCAGUCGGCUCAACAAUCUGUUCCUCGAUAUCUCGAGACUGUCCGGUGGCGCUGGUUUUCGUAACUCCUCGAUAUUUGGAAGCGUUCUUGGCGAUUUAGAAGUUAACGUUGGCAAGCCGGCUUUGGCAGUAGAAAGUGGACGAAAAACCGCAAAGCAUUCUGUGAUUGCUGAGAAAAUUUUGGAGGAAGAUGAAUUUGGAAAAGAGAAUACAGCGACCACCGAAAGCGCCGAAAAAUCCGGCACCACCAUUGACUUUUCGGCAUCAUUUGAGGCAUCAGCUGCAACAACUUCAAGAAAUGGUUUUUUGGCUGAACGAAAUAGUUCGAUGAAUUCCGAUGAACCACCGGACGAAAGCGCUGCAUCACGGCGAACGAUCACUACCACCCCUGUACAGCAAAAAUGCUUAGGCCGUAACCAGAAACAGCUGAGCUUACAGAAUUUUCCGGAUAAUGAUCAGGCAGUUUUCAAAAUGCCUCUAUUGCCGGUGCAAAAACAUUCCAAGCCAGUAUCGUUGCUUAGUUGGACAAUCCGAUUUUCGGUGAAUGAAUUGGGAGAGUCGAAGCUUUUCCCGAAUUUUGCUUUCGUCCUUAUUGGCUACCGUCCCGACAAAUGUAUGGAUUGGAAAACAUCAUGUAUUAUUGGGGUGAGCGGCAAUCGUUGGGUGCAAACAGCAACCACCGAAUAUGAGCUUGUUGGACCAAUU